AUGAAGAGCCCACAGCCGGCAGACUAUCCCGUCAACCAGGAUAUCCUCUUCCAACCGACCCAAGUAUAUUAUCACCAAAACAACGGUGGUUUCUCAGUAUCGCUAGGAAUCUAUGACGUUACUGAUAAGGUCAAGGUGACGGAUCCUGUUUACCUUGAAGAUGCCAAGAGCCUCAGCUCAGGCGUCAGUCCAGCGCUAGAAAUACGACAGGAGUCGUGGCACACACGAAACUAUAAAGCCUUCGACCGCGCCGGCGCCGUGGUAGCCGAGGCGUCCGGACCUUUGCUCGACCUCGGCCGAUGGAAGAUCAAGUUCCCUGCCGAGAGCGUAUAUAAGCUGUACAAGGUCGACAUGGGCUUGAGAGUGGAAGUGGCCAAUUUCACAAGCAAGAGUCGUCGGGAUCUAGAGGAGUGCUCAUCGUGA